CAACAACAACAACAACAACAGCAACAACUUACAAGCAGUGACAUACUAUAAUUACUAAUAUUGUAUAGUUGGUACUUGGUAGUUGUCAGUUGAUAGUUGAUACUACAUAUUUACUGACGACGGACGACUAAUAAAUUGGAACAAAGUCUGGACCCGAAUAAAAUUCGAUCACUGAGAACAAUUAUUGCUCAUUAGUCAUUAGUCAUUACUCACUGGCUACUCUCCAGUCUCAAGUCUCAAAUCUCACUAUUCUGGAAUCCUGCACUGUUUACAAAACCAGCGAUCAGAGUAUCAGACUACAAUUUCGCAUCGAAUUUUGACGUUAUUUGCCAAAUCACUGCCUCGACGAAUUAAUUUUAAGAAUUUCUCUUUAUCGGUUAAAUAUAAUAUUAUUGUAAUAUCUAUACCUAGAAUCCUUCCUUAAUUAUCGUGUAUCAAUAUAUUCGAUUUUGAUUUCGCGAUGGAGAAAAAAGGAAACACCGAACAUUUGCAAUACGAAAAUGGCAACUCCGUCACUACAAACUGCAGCACACAGACAACGCAAUUUGAUGGAUUAACCGAGUUGCACCAACCUUCCCACGACACGGCAGACGCUUUUGGUUCAUUAUUUAAAAGUACACCUCGUCAAGGUUACGGCAUUAGUUCAACAGAUAAGGAUGCAUGGUAUUACAAUAUGCAUCAUAAGUAUCGUGGAAAAGCUAUAAUAUUUAAUCACGAAAACUUUCAAAUUAGAGAUCUUAAAUCUAGAGCUGGAACUGGAUUAGAUUGUAUUAAUUUAGAGGCGUCCUUAAAAAACCUUGGAUUUGAUGUUACGCCGUAUGUUGAUUUAACAUUAGAUGAACUGGAUAAAAAACUUGACAAUUGGGCUAAAGAAGAUUAUACCAAUUAUGAUUGUCUUUUGAUGGCAGUUUUAUCUCAUGGGGAACAAGGCAUUAUUUAUGCUAAAGAUGGAGCUUAUAAACCGGAAGAUAAUCUUUGGGGACGAUUUACUGGUGACAAAUGUGUUACAUUAGCUGGAAAACCAAAGCUUUUUUUUAUACAGGCUUGUCAAGGAGACAGAUUGGAUGGUGGAGUUCAGUUAAGAACACAAGUUGAUGGAUCUUCUUCAUUCAAAAUACCCGUUUAUGCCGAUUUUCUUAUAGCGUACUCUACAAUUCCUGGUUUUUAUUCUUGGCGGAAUACUCAAAAAGGCUCUUGGUUUAUGCAAGCUCUUUGUGAUGCUUUCAAUAGAUAUGGUUAUCAACUAGACCUUUUAACUAUUCUGACAUUUGUGAAUCGUCAAGUGGCUCUGGACUAUGAAUCUAAUGUUCCUGGUACUGUUCAAAUGCACCAGCAGAAACAAAUACCAUGCAUUACAUCAAUGUUAACAAGAUUAGUAAAAUUUGAAAAGAAAAAUUAAAAAUGUACAUUCAUUAAUAACAUUCCUGUUGAAUAAGAAAAGUAUGGUUGUUGUACACCCCAUAGAACAUUCAUUAAAGCACAAGUCUUAAUGUAAAUCGUUUUGAUUUACUAAAUUAUAAUUUAUUUAGAAACUGGUUCAGAACAAUUGUGUUAUUAGAAUCUCAAUUAUUUUUAACUAAUAUCUGAUAUCAGUUUUAAAUUACAGUUUUAGAAAAUCAUUAGUACUGUUUUCAAUUAAGUAUUAUUCAAAAAUGUGUUCAAAAUUAUAAAAGAUUUAAAGUUAAGCAUAAAAGAUACUGUGAUUUAAACUCUCGCUAAUUUACUUUAAGUAACUAAAACUACUUUUCGAUAGUACUUAAUUUUUUUAAAUAGACGAUAAUAUUAUAUUAUCGUAGAACAAACCUGAUGAACUAGUGAUAUGUUUUUUUUUAUAUAUUUUUCAAUUUUUUGGUUAGUUUAUUAUUAAAGAAUUUUACCAAAAACAAUUCUUACGAAUCAAUUUUGUUAUAACAUUGAAUAACUAUAACAAUAUAUAUUUUAUUCCCAUAUCAUUUAUAUUAAUCUACCUCUUUACUAUUAUUUGUAGUAUUUUAUAAUAAAAUUAUGAAUAUUUAUAAGUUAUCCUAAAUACACCUUAAUCACAAUAGUUAUAUGUACUUAAUCUUAGUUAUUAGUUUAUAUUUUACUAAAAUUAGUCAUUUGUAUUAUUAAUAUAAGAAUACAUUUAUAAUAUUUUUGUUUAAAAACUCAUUUAAUUUAUUUUUUAAUUAUUUUUUCCACACAUUAAAUUUAACUCUGAAGUCAUUCAGUCAUAUGGAAAUGACUAAAUUAUUUGCAAACUAUAGAGUGAUUAA